AGAAAAAAGGGCCAGUGGAAUGUAAGGAAUGGAAAAGUGGUGUAACACUUUCUCUGGAUUUAAUGUAGACCAUGCGGAACGAACCGAUCCUAUAAAUAAUAGAAAUAAAAGCGUGGAAGGUCUUCACUCCUGAGGAAUCAGCAUGUGGAGUACAGCUCCUGGAAAUGAAGCUAGCAGUACGCAUAUUAAAAACAGUCUACUGUUUCUACUGCCAUUGGAGUCUUGACUAUCUUAAAGGAACUACAUUUAACCUUUUAAAAAGCCAUUAAAAUUGUGGCAGAACUUCCUUGGUUUUGAAAUUGGAGUUUUCUGAUUUCGUGGUCAUGUCAGCUGUGAUUCUCCUUUUGAUGGUGUUCUUUGGAACUCUUCCAUCAGGUGGCUCGACAGGGGAUGAAUGUCCUUUGGAGUUGUUGGAGCUGAAAAAGAGCAUUCAGAAACUUAAUUAUGAGCUGAUAAUUGGGGACUGGAAACUGAUGUACCUGCGUACGCACCACCGCUUCAGACCUGCAGCAGAAUCAAAACGAGACAACACGGCCCUACCAACCCUGCCAAGCACGGGAGGAAACCUCCUGGUUCAUGAUAGAGACUGCUCUGAGCUGUUUGACAGGCUCAGACCUGAGAGCGGGUUCUACCGGAUCAGACCAGAUACAACUCUCGAGCCUUUUCUUGUGUACUGCGACAUGGAAGAUGGAGGAGGCUGGACCGUGGUACAGAAACGUUGCAACGGUAAAGUGGAUUUCAAUAGAGACUGGGAGGAAUAUAAGAAUGGUUUUGGUCAUUUCAAAUCAAGAAAAGAUGAGUUCUGGCUGGGCAAUGAUCACAUUCACUCCUUGCUUUACAGAGGUGAGAAGGUAAUGAAGAUUGAUCUGAUGGACUGGAAUGGAGAAAAAUCAUAUGCGAUGUACGACAACUUCAAAGUGGCAGAUGAAAAGGAUAAGUACAGGCUAUACUUUGGCGUGUACAGUGGCCGGGCUGGAGAUGCCUUGUCUGGCGGGAGCAGUAUGGUGGAGCAGUGGUCUGCCUCCCACAGUGGCAUGCAGUUUAGCACAAAAAAACAGGAUAAUGAUCGCUACCUGCAAGGAAACUGUGCUGUAGAGAACAUGGGAGGCUGGUGGUACAACAGGUGCCAUGCUGCCAACUUGAAUGGAAAGUUUUAUCAAGGAGGGAAGUACACAGCAAAGCAUGACAAUGGGGUGGUGUGGAGCACCUGGAGAGGGUUCUGGUACUCCCUCAGACACACAAGCAUGAAGGUGCGACCUACAGCGUUUAUGGACAGCCUGGGAAGUGGAGCAGAACCCAAUAUCUAAAACAUUACACUUUUUUUUUUUAAUGUGUAUGCUUUAUGUCAUGAGAAGUGAAUUUAUGCUGCACCAUUAUGCAAUCCAAACAUUUAGCAAAAGCAGAGAUUGCAGUAGAUCAUUCAGUAUAACCUACAGUUAGCAUGCAUGUGGAUCAUAGAUAUACUACAGCAUUCCUUUGCUUUUUGAAGUGUAAAAUGAUCUAGUAAACAAGCUGCCUGUAUGAAAUGCCAUUUAUGAUAAAAAUGUACCUUUCUAUGCAUAUGAACUUUAUCUGAACAGUACCAGAACAGUCACACACAUGUCAUACUAUCAUUAUGGAUACCUUCUGUUCACACAAUUCUUAAUACAGCUAAUUAACAAUAUUUAUAUCUAUAGCUAACCCUACCCCUAACCUCAGUAAGCAAAAGGAAAACAUUUGGCUCUUUUAGGUUUUUUUCUUCUUUUUUUAAAUAUUUUUUUUAAAUAAAAGCUGCAGUUUUUUUUUU